AUGGCAGAGGCUAAGUUGGCUCUGAACUUGGAGCAGGUGUUUAGCCCAGAUGACCGAGCAGACCAGGCUCGCCGAGUCAGUGAGGCUUUGUUGAAGCAGGCAUCACAGGAUGGCGACAGCGCUCUACGAGUGUUUGGCCUAUGCAAGGCCGCAGAGGCUGACAUCCUGGAUGGUGAGAGAUCUACUGCUCUUGAGAAGGUGCAGACUGCAAAGUCGCUGGCCGAGGAGAACUUUCUCGCAGAAGGUUCCGCUGUUGUGAAGUAUGUGUCGGCAAGGAUUUACUCCAAAGAUGCCGGCGAUGAAGAGAGUUUGGACCAGGCGCUGGACUUUGCCUUCCAAGCUCACGGCAGCUUCCAGAAGAUGGGGCCGAGAAAAGCCGAGGCAGCGUCGAUGCUGCUGCUUGGCGAUAUCCACGGUCUCCUGAAACAGGAGGAUACAGCUGUGCGCUGUCACAAAGAGGCAUUGACCGCCUUCAAGGAGCUCGGUGACCACAGAUUCUGCGCUUCUGCAAGGCACAAGAUUUGCAAGGAUUACAUGGCAAAAGGCCAGCAUCUCCGAGCAGCUCAAGCGUGCCAAAGAGCUAUCGCGAGCUAUCAGGCGGCCGGUGAGGCUGACCAGGCACUGGGCGACUGCUGGAUCGCCCUGGCGGAGGCCCAAAGCCAGGCCACGGAUUUGCCCAGAGUGCUGGAGUCCAUUGCGGAGGCCCGAAGAAUCUUUGCCGGUCAUCAAGAUGUCGCGUCUGAGGCAAAAGCCAUGGGCAUUUUGGUCAAGGCCUACAUGCAGAAUAACUCGCCGGCCGAAGCGGUUGACGUGGCGAAGCAGGUCGUGACGCUCUUCCACGAGGCCGGAGACCAUCGUGCUGAAGGUCAAGCGUUGCUGUCGCUAGCCAAGCUCCUUCUUCCGCUCGAUCACACGAAAGCUGAGAGGCUCGCUUCGACGGCGAUGGGCUUCAUGCAGGCUUUCGGCAUGGGCGAGGGGAUCGAGGAGUGCAAGGCUGUCAAGGCUCGAUGCGAGCACGUGCGGGCAGCAACAGAGGUUGAAGCGGCCGUGUGGAAGCACAGAGACUUCAUGCACGUGCCCCGAUCCCUGGUCAUCGAUCCUGGUUGCCGUGGAAGGCUGCAGAACGAGUUCACGGAAUUUGCCAAGGUGGGCCUGGCUCUCGAGCACAAAGCAAUGGUUAGUUGA